AUGGCGUCGGUGGCGGCUUGGCUGCCGUUUGCCCGAGCCGCCGCCAUCGGGUGGGUUCCCAUCGCCCGCCAGCCCAUGCCUAAGCCACCGCUAGCGAUUCAGGCGAAGGAUCUGGCGGUCGAUCAUGUGUCCGACGAGAAACUGAUCAUCAACAUAUCUGGCAGACGAUUCGAAACCUGGAGAAACACACUGGAGAAGUUUCCGGAGACCUUGCUUGGCUCCAACGAGAAGGAAUUCUUCUACGACGAGGAGACCGGCGAAUAUUUCUUUGAUCGGGAUCCCGGUAAGUGCCGUAGUCCAUCUUUAUUCCGAAAUUUUAGAUCUCUUCCGACAUGUCCUCACUUUUUAUCGAACGGGGAAACUUCACGUAAGUGUUCCAGUCCCUUUCAAUCAUUUUUUAUAGUACCCCAAACACGAAUGUCUGAUGGCUUACGAUGAAGAGCUCUCCUUCUUCGGGAUAAUGCCCGAUCUGAUCAGUGAUUGCUGUUACGAAGAUUACAAGGACAAGAAGCGGGAGAAUCAAGAAAGAUUGAUGGAAGAAACCUUGGAGGCGCCGGAGAAGGCCAAGGGGAAACAGACAUUCCAGCAGCAGAUGUGGUCGGCCUUUGAAAAUCCUCAGACUUCUUCCGUAGCACUGGUCUUUUAUUACGUAACGGGUUUCUUUAUUGCGGUUUCUGUGUUGUGUAAUAUCAUCGAGACAAUUCCUUGCCAGUACAUUGACAACGAGGAGUCUAUCACCUGCGGGGAUAUGUACGAGAGGCAGUUCUUUGUUCUGGACACAGCCUGUGUCAUCAUCUUCACGGUCGAGUAUUUAUUACGACUGUUCGCGGCUCCAGAUCGAUGUAAAUUUAUGAGGUGAGUGUUCUGACAAAUAAGAUUUUAUUUAUGACUUGAUCUGUUCAUUUAGUUUGCCUAAAUUAAUUUAUUUUGUAUUUAAUUUGCAGGUCAAUAAUGUCGGUGAUAGAUGUAGUGGCCAUUCUCCCAUAUUAUGUGGGUCUGGGACUUCAGGACAAUAAAGAUAUAAGCGGUGCAUUUGUGACACUUAGAGUUUUUGUAAGCGUUUUAUUUUCCCAGUAACUAAUCAUGCAUACUUGUUUAUAGUACAGUAAUCUUUUGAUUCCAGCGGGUAUUUCGUAUUUUCAAAUUUUCUCGUCAUUCUCAAGGACUUCGUAUUUUGGGUUACACGCUCAAAUCCUGUGCCUCCGAGCUGGGAUUCCUAGUUUUCUCGCUAGCCAUGGCCAUCAUAAUCUUCGCCACCAUCAUGUAUUACGCCGAGAAGAAGGUGCCAAAUACCAAAUUUACCUCAAUCCCAGCCGCAUUCUGGUACACUAUUGUAACGCUAACCACACUCGGAUAUGGUGAUGUAACUCCUCAGACGAUAACUGGCAAGAUUGUUGGCGGAAUCUGCUCUCUCAGUGGAGUGUUGGUAAUUGCCCUGCCAGUUCCAGUUAUCGUCAGCAACUUCUCCAGAAUCUACCAUCAGAAUCAACGGGCGGAUAAACGAAAGGCGCAAAAGGCAGGGCUUUAGAUUAUCCAAUACUUUUUUCAUAAAGCACCAAUUAAUUGUCCGGUUUUAGAAAGCCCGUUUGGCCAGAAUCCGUGUGGUCAAGAAUGCGAGUGGCCAGGCAUUGUUCUCCAAGAAGAAGGCCCACGAAUCCAGAAUGCAGGCCUUCGAACAAGGCGCCCUUCCUUUGGAGGCCCUCAAGGAUGAAGAUAUCUUCGAGAUCCAACACCACCAUCUAUUGCAAUGUCUGGAAAGGGCGACUGUAAGCUGUUUUGGGAAUACUGUAACCUUUCAUUCUAUAUACAAUCAUAUCCGAUGCACAUUAGGGAAUCCAUGCUCAUUCCAAAACAGCUCAGAUUAAAGGCUGUUUGAAAAGUCAGAAUGACGCUACGAAUUACAAGUUUAAUGUUUGUGUCGCUUAGGAACGGGAAUACAACGAGACGGAGAUUGACUACGACUACGGCCAACAAAGCACUCCCCCUCCAUUCACCUCUCUGGCCUCGGUCAGAUCUCAAGGGAAGAAGUCAAGGGAUGGAUCCAGAAUCAUUAAUCUGACCGGUUGUUGUGUUAGGGGACAACAGAAGAAUGAGAAUGAUGAUGGAAGCUCCAAAGGAAGGAUUCAUCGACAAACCACUAUGAGUGAAUCCUCCAAUCUGGAAGAGAAUCUCGUUUUGCAUCAGAAUAACUCCCGGCAUUAUGACAACGAAGCCAAGAACAUGGAUUCAGCCAUGUCCAGUGUUUGA